AUGGAAAUUGGAUUUUCAGUUCGCUUUUGUGCGUGUGUCGUAGCUCUUUUCGUCUUUUCUCUGGAAAUCUAUUGUGCAGAUCUGAGUUAUAAUGUUCCAGAAGAAAUGAAGCGCCAGAAUGUUAUUGGAAAUGUAGCCAAAGACCUCGGAAUUGAUGGUAAACAAUUAUCUGCACGAAAGGCUCGGAUAGAAGCGGAGGAUAACAUCAAACGGUAUUGUGACAUUAAUCUAUAUUCUGGUGAUUUAUUUGCGACAGAGACAAUAGACCGGGAUGAGCUUUGUGGUUCUCGACUUUCAUGCAUUCUCAGUUAUGAGCUUGUCCUAGAAAAUCCUCUUGAAGUGCAUCGCAUAUUACUGCAAAUUCAGGAUAUAAAUGACAACGCACCGCGAUUUCUUAAUGAGCGCAUUAGCUUUGAAAUCACAGAAUCAGCAGAUAAAGGCCAGCGAUUCCGUUUGGAUGAAGCACAUGAUUCAGACAUUGGACAUAACGCAGUGAAGAGCUACUCACUACAGAAAAAUGAACAUUUCAUCUUGACUGUACAUGAUACUGCAGAUGGAGGAAAAUACGCUGAACUCGUACUGGAAAAGGAACUGGAUCGUGAACAACAGAAGGAGAUAGAAAUGAUACUCACAGCAACUGAUGGUGGUACACCACAGAGAUCUGGUACUGCUGUCAUACACAUUACUGUUCUAGAUAUUAAUGAUAAUUUACCAGUAUUCAGUCAGUCUGUUUAUAAGGUUACUCUGCCUGAAAAUACACCGUCAGGUACAUCAGUAAUCACAGUGAGUGCCACAGAUGCUGAUGAAGGUCCAAACGGUGAAGUAUCAUAUGAAUUCAGCAGGAUAUCAGAUAAAGCUGCAAAACUAUUUUCGGUGGAAAAGUCAACAGGACAGAUUGUGGUGAUUGGAGAAAUUGAUUAUGAGAAGGAACAAAAUUAUGAAAUUGGUAUUCAGGCCAAAGAUGCAUCUGGAUUAUCAUCAACUGCUAAAGUGAUCAUAGAUGUAAGUGAUGUGAAUGACAAUCCACCCAGAAUCAUUAUGAAGUCUUUGAAUAAUCCAAUACCUGAGAAUUCAGUGCCAGGUACUGAGGUGGGUAUCAUUAAUGUUCAAGACAAAGAUUCAGGAGAAAAUCGUCAGAUUCGUUGUUCUGUUCAGCAAAAUGUUCCUUUCAAACUAAACCCAUCUGUUAAAAACUAUUUAUCUCUAGUAACUACAAACACUCUCGAUCGAGAGAAACAAUCAGAUUACAACAUAACUGUCACAGCAACUGAUGGAGGAUCACCACCAUUAUCCACCUCCAUGACAAUUCAUUUAUCUAUCUCAGAUGUGAAUGACAAUCCUCCUGUAUUUGAGCAGCAGUCCUACAGUACUUAUGUGACUGAAAACAACAAACCAGGCACAUCUGUUUGUUCAGUCAGUGCAAAUGAUCCAGACUGGAGGCAGAACGGCACUGUACUUUACUCUCUGAUAUCCAGUGAGGUCAAUGGUGUUCCAGUGUCCUCAUUUUUAUCUAUUAAUGGAGAUACAGGGGUGAUCCAUGCUGUAAGAUCAUUUGACUAUGAGCAGUUCAGAAACUUUACAGUCCAAGUUGUUGCCAGAGAUAAUGGAUCUCCACCGCUCAGCAGUAAUGUGACUGUGAAAGUCUUCAUAACAGAUGAGAAUGAUAACUCUCCACAGAUAUUAUACCCUGUUCCAGACGGAAAAUCUCUAAUGACUGAGAUGAUCCCUAAAGCGACUCUCUCAGGCUCUCUGGUGUCAAAGGUGAUCGCUGUGGAUGCUGACUCUGGACAGAACGCAUGGCUCUCCUAUCAGAUUGUGAAGUCUACUAAUCCGGGACUUUUCAGCAUUGGUCUCCAUACUGGCGAGAUCAGAACACAACGAGACAUUUCUGAAUCUGACAAUAUGAAGCAGAACCUCAUCAUUUCAGUGAAGGAUAACGGACAACCAUCUCUCUCUACAACCUGUGCUGUAAAUUUACUAAUUUCUGACAACCCUUCUGAAGUUCCAGAACUUAAAGAUAUGACUUAUGAGGAGAGCAACUCCAAAUUAACGUCAUACUUGAUCAUUGCAUUAGUGUCCGUGUCCACCUUCUUUCUGACGUUCAUUACAUUGAUUCUGGUCCUGAAGGUUUGUCGCAGGAGAAAGCCCAGACUGUUGUUUGAUGGAGCGGUCGCUGUCCCCAGCGCCUAUCUGCCUCCUAACUAUGCAGAGGUGGAUGGAGCAGGAACUCUCCGCAGCGCUUACAAUUACGACACAUAUUUAACAACAGGAUCGCGCACGAGUGACUUCAAGUUUGUAACAUCAUAUAAUGACAACACACUUCCUGCUGGCGGUACUCUGCAACAAGAACAAAACAGACAUUUUGAUCCGAGCAUGAUAACUCUAGACCUUACAGAAGAUGAUGAUGAGGUAAGAGAGGCUUAACUUCUCUGGAGUGUGUUUUCUGUAUGAUGACCUAAAUCGCUGCUUUAAGCACCAUACAAUGCAUCAUUGGAGAAACUUGCUAGUCACAACUUUUAUGAAAACAUGGUAACUUUGUUGCUCUUUCGUUGUUGUAAUCACGUUGAUCCGACAAUAUUCUUAUGCAUUAGUUAGAAAUCGAUUACUGUUGAUCGUGGCGUUAACAUAGAAUCUAAGAAGUAUUUUUUUCUACUUUUAUUCUCUCUUGUUUUGUUUAAUUUUCUGAUAUUUCAUUCAUUCGCAAGAUACCUCUUAAGACAUUCUGGCGUAGGGAUGACUGGGGAUGAUUUUCCCAUUUUUGACAUUUUUGUCUUUGUCGUGGAGUUGUUUUAAGCCAGUGUGUUCAAAAUGUGAUUCACACUAUCUGCUAUAAAAUUACAUAGCUGUUUUCUUUGGAGCACAAACAGAAAAUGCAUGUUUAAUUUCAAACAAGAGGAUUGAAAUGUGAUAAUGCACCCCAUAAUCCCGAUUAGUUCAACCUUUGUUGAAAUGUAUCAAUAUGACAUCCACCAUGUCUGACAAAGGGCUCUGGUUUCUCAUACGUGGAAUAAGGACUAAAAGCAUAUGUGAAGCACAUAAGGUGAUUUGUAACUUGCACCUGAUUAAAAAAAUUGGAAGUACUACAACUGACUUGACCUGUGUAUCAAACAUUCAAGGUUUUUCCUAAGUCCCUCAGUGAGACAGAGUUAUGAGGUCACCUGCAGGAAAAUCGGC